AAGAAGAAGAAGACACCUGUUGGAGUGUGUUGAAACUGAGGAGUCCAUACAAAAGAAGCCUUUAAAUUUGGAUCAUUUGUGUCAGAAAUGUCAGACUCACCUCAGAUAAAGGUAGCGAUGGAGGAACAGGUCCCGUUGCAAAUUGUUGCUGAAUCAGGCGAAGCACAAAAUAACGAUACCCGUCAUCAAGUGAUCAGGAUGCCUUCAUGCUUCCCUGCGUCCUGCUGCGAAGACAAACAUCACAGGAAACUGGCCAUCUGCAGCAUCAUCUGCGGAUGCUCCUGCAUCGGAAUCAAAGCUUUAAUAAACUCAGUAAAGGCUAAGACGACAAGAGAUAAAACAUUAGCUGAGAGGUAUUCACAACAGGCGAAAAAGUUUGGCAUCAUCUCCAUCGUGGUGUGGAUCUCCAUUCUGGUCUCAGCGCCCUUGUUACUGAUGCUGAUCUCGUACCUCCUCACUUUUAAAGACUGAGCCUGACUUUAAAAGAAAAACUAAACACUAGAAACA